AUGGCUGGGCAGAACACGUUUUCUGCGUCGAGCGCUCUGCACUUGAGCUUCCCACCUGCCGCGUCGGGUGUGUUCCACUCACGUUCUAUUACGGGUGUCAAGGUCCAUCCGGUGGUCCUUUUCUCUAUUCUUGAUCAUUACCUGCGUCGCGAUGCUUCGCAGCCGCGUGUCAUCGGUACUCUUCUUGGUACUUGCAGCGAGGCAGAGGUCGAGAUCCGUAACUGCUUCGCUGUGCCUCACAACGAAAGCCACGACCCGUGGCAGAUUCAUCUUGAUGCCGAACACCACCGCCGCAUGGUCGAACUGCACCAACGUGUGCGCCCCGAGGAAGUUGUCCUUGGCUGGUACUCUACUAAUACGGAGCUGAACUCUAACAGUGCGCUGAUUCAAGACCACUACUCGCGUGAGACGGCGCCUCAUCAAGCGAUUCACCUCACGCUUAAUACCAACGUGGCCGACGAGAAGAAUGGCCUUGGUGUCCAGUGCUAUGUGAGUUCGCUCCUUGGCAGCACAGCGAAGCCCGAAGACUGCGCGUUCCUUUCUCUUCCCACGACGCUGCUUACGACAAGCCCCGAGCAGACAGCACUGCGACACUUGGCGUCGCCCAAGCCAGAGUCUUUGACGGACCUCGACGCUCUAAGGGCCUCGUUGGAGCAGGUUCAGACACAGCUGGAGCGUGUUCUUACAUAUGUGCGCAAGGUGCUUGCGGGUGAGAUCGAGGGUGACAAGGCUGUGGGUCGCUACCUGAGUGAUACCAUUGGCGUUGUGCCUGCUGGCAUGGACGACUCGGUGCUCGACUCGCUCUUCCAGUCGCACCUGCAAGACGUAUUUAUGGUGUCGUAUCUUGCUAAGGUGAUUAGUGCGCAGGCAGAGCUGUCAUCGCGCCUAACGCUUCUCUCAUAG